AUGGACGACCUCGCUAGCGUUUGCAGCACAAGCACGGCGGCGGCUCCAAUCGACCCGGCCGAGUACUGGCGACAGUACCACUCAGUGCAGCUCAAAGAGAAGCACUGGGCUAGCGAGUCGGACGACACGGACGUCGACUCCUGGCGCGAUACGGACCGCUCUUGGGGCGUGUCGGGCGCCAACGGGUACGGCGCGUCGUGGGGCGCCGCCAACAGCGCGGGAUGGGGCUCCUCUACCAUUCCCGCCGCCGCGCCAGGGCCGGCGCUGUCCGGAAGUCAAGCAGCAGCAGCAGGUGCAUCAGCGACGGGUGCAGCAGCAACCGCAGCGGCAGGAGCAGUGACGGCGGCAGAGGCGAAGAAGAAAAAGGCGGCGAAGAAGGCACCUGCUGCAGCGGCGUCCUCCCCCACUGCCGCAGCAGCGGCGGCGCAGAAGAAACAGCCGCUGGCGAAACCCGGAAGCCCCGCGCCCACGGCGACAAAGAAAAAGAAGAAGAAAGACGUCGUGGGCCCUGGUGUGGCAUCUGUGUCGCCGGGUGGCGUUCUCGCCGGUUACAGCGUCAGCGGUUACAAACCGCCGUCGGUGGUAACCACCGCGGCGACCGCAGCUAGCACGAGCUCCACCCGUUCGGUGGCAGGAAGCAGCAGCGCAAUCCCCUGGUGGGCUUCGCUGGGCGGCGGCGCGCCGGCCGCAACCGCCGCCACUCUUGCCGGCAGCAGCAGUGCGCCUGGCAGCACGACCUCCGUGCCCGCAUCUCCGUCGCCCCGCGUUCCGCCAAUGGCGCCCCUUCCGUCAGCGGCUGCGCAACAACCACCUCCGCCUCAUCAACCCUCCUUUCCGCCCCACGCCCCCGCGCCUUUCACUCCCUCCGCCCCGCAUCUCCCCCAGCAGCCCCAAUCCUUCCCCGCUCCGCCACAUUCCGCGGGGCCUUCCGCCCCGGGGGGCGCACAUGGACCAGCGGCGCAGCAGGUGGGGCUCGGAGGGAGGCAAGGCGGGGAGUGGUGGGAGCGUGAUGUUGCCAGCCAAACAGGGCCUGUGGGCCAGAUGGGGGCUGCCGGCCAACGGCCUCCACCGAGCCCCGGCCUGCAGCCAAGUGUAGGCCCACACCCAAGCAUGGGCCCUCAGCCCAAUACCCCCCACCACCUGGCCGCGCCCCAGGCAGUGCGUGUGCUGUCCGCUGCGCCCUCCAUGCCCCCACCGCAGGCGCAGGCGCCAGCGCCAUCCGCAGCAGCGCCAUGGCGACCAGCGCCCGCUGCAGCAGCAGGCGCAGGCGCAGGCGCGGGAGGGGCAGGCGGAGCGGGGCAGGGAGCAGGGUUACCGGUGGCGGCAGGAACGGGCGCGCAGCGUUGGGGGGGCAGCCAAGGACCGCCACAGGCGCCGCGCACCCCCUCGGAUUCAGGCUCGGACGCCAGCCGGUGUCGCACCAAGGACUCUGGCUCCGAUGCAAGCCGGUACUCCGCUCCCGCUGCGCCUGCUCCUCCUGCUGCCCGCGCUGCUGCUGGUGCUUCCGCGGGCACGGCGUGGGGUGCUAGCGCGGCUGCCGCGCCUGGCACUGCCGGCGUUGGCUCCGACGGCAGCAGCUGGCGCCGCAGCGACUCCUCUUCUCCCUCCACGCACCCCGCUCCUCUCGCUGUUAACGCGCCUGCCGCUGCUGCUGUCUCUGCCUGGGAUGCCACCCCUGCCCCCUCAGGCGCGUCUGCCUCUGCCACCACUGCUGCGUUUCCAAGCGCAGGUGCUGGCGAUGCUGGUGCCACGGCGGCGAGCAGUGCAGGCGUGGAGGGGCAGGUGGCGGGCAAGGUGCCGAUUUACGAUGGGUGGGGGGAUGUCAUCGGGUGGAAGGACGCGCCUGUUGCUGCUGCUGCUGUCCCCGCCGCUGCUGCCACUGGCGCGGCUGCUGACGGGGCUGCGGCUGGGGCUGCUGCUGCUGACGCUGGUGCUCAGGAGGGUGAUUAUGCGGAGGGUGACUAUGGCGAGGGGGAGUACGGGGAAGGGGAGUAUGGAGAGGGGGAGUAUUGGGAGGGGGAGUAUGCGGAGGGGGAAUACGCGGAAGGGGAAUAUGGGGAAGGGGAAUACGCGGAAGGGGGGUAUGCGGAGGGGGAGUAUGGCGAAGAGGGUAACGCUGCUGGCGAUGGUUACGCUGAAGGGGGUUAUGGGGAUGGUGGGGGCGGCGGUGGCGCUGCUGGCGGUGAUGGUGGCGGUGAUGGUAGCGCUGCUGGCGGUGAUGGUAGCGCUGCUGGCGGUGAUGGUGGCGGAAAGGAUGCGGACAGCGCUUUGGAAGGGGGAAAGGUGGAAGAAGAUGGGGGAAAAUCAGGUGGGGCGAAUGAAGAGGCGCAGGAGGGGGACGAUGAGUUUUGGGAUGCGGAGGAGGGAGAGCUGGAGGGGAGUGUGGGCAGUGGCAGCGGCGGCGAGGGGACGGGCAAGGAGCCGAGGGGGCAGCAGGCGCAGUUUGGGAAGCAGGCGUCUUCCGCCCAGGCGGUGCCAGUUCAAGGAGCAGUGGGAGUCAGCGCUGCCUGGUCUGACGCCAAGUCAGACCUCAACAGCCAAUGGGGCGACAGCGCCGGCGCCAGCUGGCAGAGAAGCAGCGGCUGGGGGGGCGCAAAUAGGGGUAGCGCCAGCGUGGCAGGGGGGAAAGAGGGUGCGGAGUGGGGGGAUGCUGCGCCCAGCAGCGGCAGAGGCUCGGGCCGAACCUCUGGCAGGUAUGUGCCGCCGAGCAAGCGGGUCGGCGGGAGAGGGCAGGGUGAGGCGGCAGGAGGGGGGUCGAAGGGAGGGGCGGAGAGGAGCGCGGGGGUGGGGGCUUCCGCGUGGGAGAGGAGCAGCGGGGGGCUGAGCGCUGUUGGUGGCGCUGGUGGUGAGACUGGUGGUGCGUCCACGUGGGAGAGAAGCAGUGUGGGCGUGAGCACUGCCGGUGGUGCUGCUGCUGGUACUGUGUCGACAUGGGAGAGGAGCAGUGCUAGCGGGAGUGCUGCUGCCGAUGGUGCUGUUGCUGCUGCUGCCGGUGCUGGCGCCUCCACGUGGGAAAGGAGCAGUGGCGGCCUCAGCCCUGCUGCUGUUGAUGCUGCUGGCAGUGGCGGUGGCACUGGUGAUGGCUGGGGAGUGAGCGCAGUCAAGGGGGAUUCGGGAAAGGCUGGGCUGGAGUGGCGAAGGAAGGACGGCGUGUCUCGCUCUCAUUCUUCCACGUCCUCUCAUUCCGCUGCAGCAGCAGCGAUGGCAAACAGCAGAGCAGGGGCUGCUGGAGGGGGUCCUGUGGUGACCAGCAACGGGGAAGGAUGGGGGGACGGGGGAGGAGGCGGAGGAUGGGGAGCUGCAGCAGCAGCAAUCGGUGGUGGUGGUGGUGGUGGUGGUGGUGGUGGCACUGGCAGCAGUGGGAACGCAAUGGCUGGGGCAAGUGGAGGAGGCGGGGGAGCAGUGGACAGCUGGAGGGCGUUUGGGGAGCAGAGGCGGGCGGAGCUGGGGGAGGGCGGAUCUGACGAGGACAUCUGGAAGCAGCAGGAGGAGGACGAGCAGCUCGCGCGCCAGUGGGGGGGCGCGGAUAGCGCCGGCUGGGGGGGAAGCAAGGGCGGGGGGGGCGGGCAGUGGCGGAAACAAGGGGCAGGGCGAGGGGAGGGUGAGGCUGCAGCGGAAGGGAAGUGGAGGAGGGGUAGUGGCGGGGCAGAGGGGAAGGGCGGGGAGUGGAGGAAGAGCAAUGAGCAGGAGGCAAUGGUGCCUACUGUGGUGCCUCCAGUGGUGCCCAUUCCCAUGGUGCCCCCCAUUGUGGCGCACAGGGAGAUAGACGGGUGGGAGGCGGGCAGCAGGGGCGACAGCAGCGCGUGGGAGACAGAGAGCAACACCUCUGCCGUCUCGUCACUCAAUAAGGGCCUGCGCGCCUGGCAGCACGUCGCUACAGCCUCAGCUGCAGCGACAGAUGUUGUCCCAGCGGUAUCAGCGGCUGUAGCGCCGGGGAGCGUGGUAUCAGAGCGAUCAGCGACGGACAGCAUUCUCUCGGCUAUUGGGCUCAAGGCUGGGACCAGCGCUGAGACGUCUCUAACGCCUGAGACUAGCGGUGCAGGUAACCCUGAUGGGAGCAGUGGCAGCAGCAAGGUGCGUGGGAGCGAGGGCUUGAGAGCGGAUGCACCACCCUUCCCCUCUGCUGCCUCGUCCUCUUCCCUCCCUUCCCCCCUCCGUGCCGAUGCCAGCACGUUCCUCCGAGCAGAUGCGCCCUCCUUCAUCCGUGCGCAAGCACCUUCUUUCAUCAGUGCCCAGGCGCCUUCUUUCAUCAGCGCCCAGGCGCCUUCUUUCAUCCGCGCAUCCGCCCCCCCAUUCACCCCAUCGACCCCCUCCCCUCCUCCCGGCCACGUCCCCGCCCCCUCCACUGUCUCCGCCCCGGGGGCUCUCUCUCCUGCUCCACCGCACCCCACCUCCAUGCCCACCUCUCCACCCACCUCCACACCUUCCUCUUUCAUCGGCCAAUCCCCUGCUUUUGCGGAUCCUUCCGGCCAAUCGUACGGCGACACGGGGGUCUCCUGGCCGGCUAUUCCCCCAUCCACCGCCUUCCCAUUGCUCGCCCAGCCUGGAUUGCCUUCUGCUGCUGUCCCGCUCCCCCCCGCUUCUGCCCACGGCCUCCCACCUGAUCCUGCUAUAGCCGGAGUGAGCAUGGGCAAAAGCAUGGGCAUGGGGAUGGGGAUGGGGAUGGGCAUGAGCAGGGGCACAGGCGCUUUUAUUGCCGCAACUGGUGGCGGGAGUAUGGGGGAGAGCGGGGAGCAGGGCGGGGGUGGGGGCAGCAGGGCGGAGGAGUGGGUGGGGACAGGCGGUAGUCUGGGCCGGGGUGGCCCUGCAAGUGCUGCAAGCCGUGCAAGCCGUGCAAGUCCCCCUGCUGCAAGCUCUGCUACUGCGAAGCAAGCAACUGCUUCAAUCCCUGCUACAGCUGCGCCCAGGGCCCAGAACCCCCAGCUCCCCACGGAGAUCGGCAGGGGGGUGAUGGCAUCACCAGGAGCAUCCUCCUGGUCUCAAUCCGGGUACGGCCCGCAGUCAGAGCUGCACUCGAGUGUGCUAAGACUGCCGGCAGCAGGGGAGGGGGGCAGUGAGUACAUCCCCCCUGUGAGCGAGCUAGAUGUGGAUUUCUCAGAUAGUGUGAGCAAUGCUGGUGCGGCUGAUAGGGCCCGCGCUGCUGCCGCUGCUCUUGCUGCUGCUGCUGCCGGGGGUAGGGCGGCUGGUGGCAGUCGGUUCGGCCCUGGUGGUGGUGCUGCUGUUGGUGGUGGUUCUGGUGCUGCUGCUCCUGCCGCUGCCGCUGCGGCUGGUGGUGCUGGUGUUCCACCCCGGGGGCAAGCGGUGGGUGGACUGCUGGGUGAAUACGAGGAGGACGAGGAGGACGACGAGUGCGCUGGUAGGGAUGUGGAAGGCGAGGACGACGAGGAUGACGACGACGAUGACGAAUUAGGUGCGGAGUCGGCAUUCGACUUGACCGCCACGGACUACAAGCACUCGCCCGCCGUCGCCCUCUUUCUCACCGACCUCAAGAAGCUGUCUGCCGAUCAGAUCAAGGCGCAAGAUCGCGAGUACAAGUGCCCGGCGUGCAAGGGCGGCAAGGGAGAGACGGACUGGUGGCCGGGGAUCCGCGCGCUGCUGCAGCAUGCAGAGACGAUCCGGUCGCGGAAAAUUGGCGCGCACCGGGCGUUUGCUGCUGCCGUGCACAUGGAUUUGCGGGAGAGAGGGGUUUUUCUGGGGGGUGGGGGGCCGGGGAGGGAGGGGCAGGAGGGGGUGCUGCAGGGGCAGUGGCGGGGGGUGGGGGGAAGGAGGGCGGAGGAGGGGAAUGCGACGGUGCUGUGGCCGCCUGUGGUGGUGAUCCGGAACACCCGCCUGCGACCCGAUGAGGAUGGCCGGGUGGGUUGUGGUGAUGGAUGGGUGCGUGAUGGAUGGUUGUUUGAUGAUAGGCGGGUGCAUGGUGAUGGCGGGUGCAUGUGGAUAGGCAUGGGCAGUUAUGAGCUCAGGAAGCACUUCGAGCACUACAAGCUUAUAGUCAAGACCAAGCAUGCCUAUGGCCCUCAGGGCCAUCGCGGCAUGAGCAUUCUGGUCUUUGACGCCACUCCUGACGGAUUCAAGGAGGCCGAGCGCCUGGCACAACAGUUCGAGAGGGAGGGGCGCGGGCGCUUGGAGCUGGCACGGCGGUCGGCGCCGCUGGUGGAUCGGUCGGGGAAGCGCAACCUGUUCGGGUACCUUGCUACCCAGCAGGACGUUGAUGAGUUCAAACCGGUGCUGCAAAGGUGGGAUGUUGCAUGA